AUGGAAGACGACGGUGCGGAGGCGUUCGAGGCGUCUUUCUUUCCGACCAGCGACUGGGUUGUUCGCAGGCUGCAGCAAAAGCACGACCCCACCGUCGCCGAGCGCGUGCUCAACAUCUACUUGUGGGGCAGCCGGGUGUACGGAUGUGCCACGCCCACGUCGGACUGGGACUGCCUUGUUGUCACCCGCUACAACACGCCGCACGACUUGACGCUCAUCGCCAGUGACAAGAACAAGCUGCUGCGCGGCAAGCAGCCUGCCCAGCCUGAAGCCGAGGCCGGCGAGGGCCUACCGACCACAACGCGAUCGGGCAAGAAGAGCAUCUCGGAGAUCGAAGCUUCUCUCUUUCCGAUCUACCAGGACGACUACAUCAAUGCCACCUUCAUCCCCAUCGAGGAGUGGACCUUCUUGAUCAGGGAGCACCGGCACAUGGCGCUUGAGGCCGUCUACGCGCCGGCCAAGUUCAAGCUGCUCGAGAAGCAGCCGGUCCACAUCGUCCUCGACCCCGACAUACUUCGAAGGCAUGACAACGCCCCCAACGCACACACGACCCGACACACACAUUCUCACUCAAGUAAUAAGCUGCUGGUGCCCGGUGGAUUUACGGAGUACAACUACUACCGGGCGCGGAAGGAGAUCGUGCACUCCUUCCGCUAUCUGCUCUUCGCCAUCCAGCUGGUGAAGACCGGCCGGAUCGACGACUACGCAGCCGCCAACCACCACCUGGCCGACAUUCUAAGGGAAAAGCAGGAAAACGAGGAAAAGCAAAUGAGAAAUUCGGACCAACUCGCGUCCGGUGCCGGCGACGGGGAAGAGGCCGAGCUCGAGCUCGUCGAGCGACCCGACGUGGCAGCGGGCAAGAGGUGGCGCGGGGCCAGGCGCAACGACGAGAACACCGAAGAGGCCAAGCGGUGGGCCGCGGUCAUGGCCCGAUUCAAGCCCGUGUUCGAGCAGCUGCGGCAGGAGCUCAAAGACCUGCGCGACUUCGCGCGGCUCUACAGCCGAUGCGAGACCGAGAAGGUGCUCUUCACGUCGCUCAAGGAUCGACGGCGGGACAUGACGACGUCGGUCACCACGGCCACGGCCACCUUCACCACCGACGACGAAGGCGAGCAGACUGGACGCGUCGAUGAGAGCCCGCUUGCCACCGUUCGAUUUCUGAAGCACUUCAAAGGUCUCGCCCCUGAUGAUGAGUACUCCCGAGCCAUUGAAGCACUCGAGGAGGACCACCACGUGGUGUCCUGUAGACAUUCAACGCACCCCAAUCUCCUGCUGCUCACCACAGACACCUAUUCAAUUGGUUCGUGGGCCGACGCUUCAGAUAUCAGUCUGGAGUGCAAGGGGCUGAUCGUUGAUACACAGCGCAACUUCGCGGUUGUGGCCUAUCCGUUCGGUCGAUUGGUGGAUCUUCCGCCGUUCCGCGAGGCCACCCCGCAAUCAUCGGCGCGAGAAGAGGCCCAGAGAACCCUUGCGGGAUGUUGGCAGCGAGCAGACGAGGCGCCGCCUGUACACGUGACCGAGUGCCUCGAUGGACUCACAGCCGAUGAACCAGACAUGCCAUCAACAAAUGUGACGUGGAAGGAGGAAGACCUCAACAGACCAUUUCACCAACUGUUUUGGAAUGUCUGGCGCCAGAGCAACUACCAACUGCCCCAAGACGAAGAGUACUGCUACACGUUCCAGCUGCUGUCGUGCGAACACCGACACCUGGUCCGUCCGCCGUACGACGACCGGGGCGCUCUCUUCCUCAUCGCCGCCCGGCACCUGCCGACGUUGCACGAAGAAGAUCCGCGAACGUGCGCGGAAAAGAAUGGCUGGGUCAGUGUUCCCCGAUUCGACGAAUUCAAGAGCGUGGAUGAUGUGAUAGCCUCGGCCGAGGCGCUCGACCCGUUCGUGCGCAAGGGCUACGUCGUGGUCGACACCUCCGACCCUGCGCAUACGUGUCCGUGCACCUCGGCACAAACUUUUGCGACCAUCGGACCACUCAACCUGCGGGCCGACAUGGACGCCCAGCACAUGGCGGAACUGCUGCGCUACAACAAGGCGGGCGAGUUCGUGGCGUACUACCCGCAGUGGAACGCCUGGGACGAGCUGAGGCGGACGCCGGACCAGAGGACGUUCGCGGCGGUGUCCAAGAAGCACGGCGGGACCGGCCACGACUUCAUCUUCUUCAAGAUGCGCAAGGAGGGCAUACACGUCUACGCCUCCAUCCGCCAAUUCCUGGCGCUCACCGACGACUCUGUCAUCACCAAGCUCCUCUUCUUCUGGAGCAAGCGACCAACAACACCCCCAACAAUAAGUGGUUGA